UUCUGCAUCCUUUUUGCCCGAUUUGCCUUUAUAAACGGCUGCUGCAAAAGCUGUAUCCUCUUGCAGAGCUCACACACUAAUAAUAAUAAUGGAGAAGAACCAGAGAUUCAGAAAAGUUUGUGUUUUUUGCGGAAGUAACUCUGGCCAUAGAGAUGUUUUCAGCCUUGCUGCUAUCGAACUUGGCAAUGAACUCGUGAAAAGAAAGAUAGAUUUGGUUUAUGGAGGAGGAAGUGUUGGACUAAUGGGUCUGAUAUCUCGGAGAGUCUCAGAAGGUGGUUGUCAUGUACUCGGGAUCAUCCCACAAGCUCUGAUGCCUAUUGAGAUAUCUGGUGAGACUGUUGGAGAAGUAAGAGUUGUUGCAGACAUGCACGAGCGCAAAGCAGCAAUGGCACAAGAAGCUGAGGCUUUCAUUGCCCUCCCUGGAGGUUAUGGAACAAUGGAGGAACUGCUGGAGAUUAUAACAUGGGCACAGCUUGGUAUCCAUAAGAAGACGGUUGGUCUUUUGAAUGUUGAUGGUUACUACAACAAUCUGCUUGCUUUGUUUGACACUGGAGUUGAAGAGGGUUUUAUUAAGCCAGGUGCUCGUAACAUCCUUGUUUCUGCGCCAUCUGCCAAAGAACUCCUGGAGAAGAUGGAGCUAUAUACUCCUUCGCACAAGCACAUUGCUUCUCACCAGAGCUGGGAAGUAAAGCAACUAGCUGGAGAUUCUUAACAUUCUGUUUAGCAUUUGAAACAGCAUGUGUUUUUUCAAUUUGAACAGUAGAAAAGCUUUUGGUGUAUGGUGAAAGCCAUUAUUAAUUUCAGAUUUUGGGAUCAUACAUAAUGUCUUUUUUCUUCUUCUUUUGGAAAUCAGAAUGAUCUGUCAUGUCUUUUGGAGAUAAGCUGUGACAAGAUUAUAAGGUUUGGAUAGAGACAGCUUACUCAA